GCUUAAAGCAGGCCCCCACAUCAAAUUGACUAAAGCUUGCGAACUUACAGAAUACAUCACCUUCGUCUUUAAUGGCUAAGAAAGUAAAUAAAUCUCAACUUUCUUUCUCAACUCAUACUCUGUCAGCUAUCUUCCUCAACUCUACUUACUCUACUUUUAGAAUAACAUCUGAGAUUAUAAUUACAAAAAAAAGAGAAAGAGAAAAAGAGAACCGACCAGUUGGUCAUAAUGAAUCUUAUCCUUCUCGCCGUCUCCCUUCUCGAUUAAUUACGAUUAUAUUUAUGUGAUAUAAUCCGUCUUUCUUCUCUCGCUUCUCUCGCUUCUCUCGUAUCUGCGAGAUAUUUGAGCCGACCGUUUGAAAAUACUAUAAUCAUCGCAGUUGUACUCCCAACUACCGUUAUCGUAAUGUCGACUCCAAUGCGCCAUGGCCCUUCUCAGCAGGGCCGUACGCCUUCGCAACAUCCCGCCGCAGCCCCUACUCCCCAAGCCUCAACGCCCUUUUCGAACCCUCAAACCGCCGCAGUCUUUUCCCCUCGCGGACCUAAGUCGUCACCACAGCAGUUCAAGAAAUCACCGGCAACUGGCACCUCGGGUACUAUGAUCGGUACUACUAGCUCGACAGCAAACUUCGAUAGCCCUUCUGCUGCUGCUGCUUAUAACACUCUAGGAAUGACUAUAAACGACCUCAAUUUGGACAACAUCAGUGUUGGAGGACUGGUUGCCGCAGCGGGGCGGACGGACGAGGAGGAUCGGAAGAAAAGAAUGGAGGCUGUCAUCGCUGCUCUCUGGGCUCAGAAUAGCAGUAGAGUGAGUAAUCAGGGACUCGAGAGAUUGGCCAUUCAUCUCAACCUCGAGUGUCUGUGGGAAGAUAUCAAAGGUGCCGGCGAGAAUGCCAAGACUCUGAUCAUAGCAGGACAGACAGUGGCUGUUGAAGUUGGCAUAACGAAUCACAUCGUACACCAGGCCGCAUUGGCAUACACGGAUUCUAUACCCAGUGUCGACAAGCAUGUUGAUAAGGCGUCGGCUAUCCUUCUCAAAGACCUCUCCCUAGCUCCUGGACAGAGUCCGCUAACAAAGAGGCUAACACAAUUUCGAGCAAACCUCGAACGUCUGGCCAACUUAGAUAAAUUAAGCGUUUCGCCAGGUCUUAACUGCCACGAAGCCAUAGCGGGCAUCUGGGAAAGCUUGGACAGACUACAUCAGUGGGACGUACAGAAGCUCCGAGAGGAUUCGUCAUUGAGUGAUAUAUCCGACGAAAACCUCAGAGUCUAUGCUCUUUGCCUCCGCCACGGAUGUCCUCUUAUGCAUACUCGGGGCCGGGUCGGCCUGAGCUUCGACUAUUGGAAAGAAAGAAGAAAGCUUAAGUCUACAACGGUGGAUACCGAAGACGCCAAAACAUGGGGUAUCCUGAUCGAGUGCGCGGCUGCUGGCGGCAUGGUGUACCACAACCCAAUACGAGUGUCUGAUAAAUGGAUUGGAGAUGGUAUCGAGAAAUCCAACCUCACAGACGAGGAAAUGAUAUCAUCUACUGGGCCGGUCUUGGAUUGGUUAGAGCCACCUAACACUCUUCUACCCUCAUCCGAGGAGACGAAAGAACAUGGGCUUGAGGCUGGUGUGAACUUAUCGGGCCCUAAACCACCUGAUGUGGUAUUUAUGGCAACAUUCGAUCCGCCCGUAGUGGUCUCGCAUGCUGUUGCAAUAGAUAUUUAUAAGAUAUCGGCAACUAACGCACCUCUAUCGCAUAUUACAUUCGACGCAUUACUAUUUCCCAUCGUCGACGGAAGCUCCUACGAUCCUAGCGAACCUCGGGAGGUAGUAUUCACACAGACGGUCCCUACCUUCAUCGGCAACAUACACAACAAGUCCCAAUCAGAGCCCGUGCUCAAGGCCCAUCGUAACACUCUAUUCAUAUACAAGCCUGUGUAUGGGCAGGUUUUAAGCCAAAUUCCCUUCUCGCACCCGAAGGACCUAGUAGUGAUGCUCCCCGUGCUUCGCCAAUACGCUUUCCUUUCCCUGCUCCUUACCAAUAGUCUUAAACUUAGGAACGGCAAGCCCACAGCAAAAGAAGCAGAUGAAGACAACGACGCCCGUCUGCCACGCACCAGACAAGACGAAUUCAGUGACUUCAUGGCUCAGCCCAACGAGGAUACUACUUCGGACAAGGUCCUGAAAGUAGAUAUUACCUUAACGGCUCAUCCCAUCCCCCGCCUCGCGCUCGUAUUUCCAUUCAAAGACCACACGGCUCACGUGAACAUCGAGAUCCAGCACGGGGGCCGCGUCCGGAUCGUGUCGGAUAAUAUCUUUGAUGGGGAUAUGGGCCAUAUAGGAGGCGAUCCUCUCAAUAGAAAGAGAGUUAAGAGCGAUUGGGAGAAUGCCCUGGAGACAUUGGAGGAUCUGGGGGCGUGGAUCGAGGUUAUUAAAGACACACUUGAGUAAGGAGAAAAUGGGUCGUCAAGUGCCCUGGAUAAUGUGUGCGGUAGGCGGAUUUCAAUAGUAUUCGGGGUGCGGGCGGGAGUCAAUUACGAUGGAUGGAGGCAGGGAGGAGAAGGAGGACUAUGAGUGGCGUGUAUGGUUAUGAUACCCCCCUUUCUUAUAUUAGGUACGUCCGGACAGGGCAGAGAACUAUUUCGUUGGAAUCGCGGAAAUGAAAUAUGCGUUUGUCUCCGUACGCUAUGGGCCUCGUGCCUUGUUUGUCGGCCUCACAUACUCGUAACACCUAACCUAAAGCAUUCACGCACUCGCUAAAUGUCUAGGGUAAUGUACUACACAUCUACGGACGCUAGGAUAAGCAUACAAUAUCGACCUCGCACGAUUUUUUUUUCUUUUUUUUAAAGAAAAGCGGUAUAUAAGCGGCAAUAGUAGCAGCAAGCAUGUUCACGCAAGACACACACGUCCCU